ACUGCUCCGCUGGCACGUGACUUGCUCCGUGGGCGCUGGGGUCCAGGAAGCUGUGAGGCCGGAGCAUAGGCCCGGGAGGGAUGGAGCGCUGAGUCGUUAACGUCUGCCGGGCUGUCUGCCUCUGUACCUGGUCCUGCUGCCACUUUCUCGUUUGACACCUUGCUGGGUCUUUGAGAGAAAGUAGAUGAAAAUGCUAUUCAUUCUAUAGAUAGGAACCUGUCUCGACCCUUGGAACUAGAAACAGAGAGAAAGUGAUUUGUCUAAGUUUGGCAUAACUUCCGUGGUCUUCUCCCUGCUGGUGUAUUGUUCCUGCUGAUCACCUCCACAGUACUUCCCACAGUCGCAUCUAGAGAGAAGGAGUCUCUCUUGAUUUUGGAACAAAUACUUGGUAACAAACAUGACUGAGUUUUGGCUUAUAUCGGCUCCUGGGGAGAAAACAUGUCAGCAGACAUGGGAGAAAUUGCACGCGGCAACUACAAAGAACAACAAUCUUGCUAUUUCUUCAAAGUUCAACAUUCCUGACUUAAAGGUUGGCACACUGGAUGUCUUGGUUGGUUUGUCGGAUGAACUGGCUAAACUGGAUGCGUUUGUAGAAGGGGUGGUUAAGAAAGUGGCUCAAUAUAUGGCUGAUGUAUUGGAGGAUAGUAAAGAUAAAGUUCAGGAGAAUCUGUUGGCCAAUGGAGUUGACUUGGUUACUUAUAUAACAAGGUUUCAGUGGGACAUGGCUAAAUAUCCAAUCAAGCAGUCCCUGAAAAAUAUUUCUGAAAUAAUUGCCAAGGGAGUGACUCAGAUUGACAAUGACCUGAAAUCUCGAGCAUCCGCAUAUAAUAACCUGAAAGGGAAUCUUCAGAAUUUGGAACGAAAGAAUGCAGGAAGUUUGCUAACUAGAAGUCUAGCAGAAAUUGUGAAGAAGGAUGACUUUGUUCUUGAUUCAGAGUAUCUCAUCACAUUGCUGGUUGUAGUUCCUAAGUUAAACCACAACGACUGGAUUAAGCAGUAUGAAACGUUAGCUGAUAUGGUAGUUCCAAGGUCUAGCAACGUUCUCUCAGAGGACCAAGACAGUUACCUUUGUAAUGUCACCUUGUUUAGGAAGGCAGUUGAUGACUUCAGACACAAAGCCAGGGAAAACAAAUUCAUCGUACGUGACUUCCAGUAUAAUGAAGAGGAGAUGAAAGCAGAUAAAGAAGAAAUGAACAGGCUUUCUACUGACAAGAAAAAGCAAUUUGGACCACUUGUACGGUGGCUUAAAGUGAAUUUCAGUGAGGCGUUUAUUGCGUGGAUUCAUGUGAAAGCGUUGAGGGUUUUUGUUGAGUCUGUUUUAAGGUAUGGCUUGCCAGUGAACUUCCAAGCGAUGCUACUUCAGCCCAAUAAGAAAACAAUGAAGAAACUAAGAGAAGUAUUAUAUGAAUUGUAUAAACAUCUGGAUAGCAGCGCAGCAGCUAUUAUUGAUGCUCCUAUGGAUAUUCCAGGCUUAAAUCUGAGUCAACAGGAAUACUACCCCUAUGUGUACUACAAGAUUGAUUGCAACUUGCUGGAAUUCAAGUGAAAAUGAACUCCUCCCCAGACAGUCGUGUCCUUGUGUUGGUGUAUGCUCACAGACAUAGAUAUGACAGUACUUUUAUCUCUUUAUUAUCCUUUGCUUGCCUCUGACCCCUUUUCCUAAGUGAGUUCUCCCGUAGUGGUCCAUUUCUCAGCAUUUUCUUUUUAAAGGAAAAUAUAUGUCUCAUUUCUUUUUAUUGAUCAGGUCUGUAAAAUGUGUACUGAAAAACUCAGAGUUUAUUUAUAAACAGAAUAGUUUAUUUAAACAGAAAGUCUUUCCUCAUUGGUAUCGUGGUAUGCAUUAAUUCCAUUUGUUACUAUUGUGCACAAAAGCCUUGUUUACAAGGGAGUGGUGUAAACAUUUAUACCAUUUUGUCCACUGUGUUUAGUAGACAUAACUGUUCAGUAGUUAUUAAAUUGUGAUGUAAAGAAAUGUGAGAAUAUUCAGGUAUGUGCUUUCUGAAUGUUUCAAAUUACAGUCUAUGAGCACUGUUGACACCCACAGGAGAGAAUAAAAUUACCUGUGCAAAGGUGUAUUGUGGUGUGUGUGACUUCAGGAGAUUACACUUCAGUUUGAGAGUUAUUAAAUGAUAUCGUAGCUAACUUGCUAUGCUACUUGUAAGAUUUUGUUAUAUACUGAGGUGUGACCAUUUGUGUCUGACUUGCAUAUGAUUUAAAUGUGCCAAAUUUGGGUCAGAGCACAAGACACUAGACUUUUAGGUCUCUAAAAUAAUUAGGAAGUAGGGCCCAUUUUGAAUAAAGUUUAGCAAAACUGCAGCUUUAGUCAUUUGUUUCGUCUAAGUCCUUGUUUUAUGUGGUUCUUUUUUAAGAUCUAUAAUUAUAAAAGCUUUCAUUUUGACAUUUAUGUCACUUAUGACAUAGUCUGAAAAUAGAGGCAUUGCUGGUCUUAAAAACCUCCAAAACGAAUGACUCAGUUAGCUUCAUGAAGAGCUGUGAAAAAGGACCACAUAGGCUUGCUGCCCUUCCUGUGCACUCACAGGCCUGUAAAUGGGAGAGAGAAGUUUACGUUUUAUUUUAAGGGCAUUUAUAAACUAUUCUAUUCCCUCUAAAAAAUUAGUCUCCAAAAUCCUUUUUAUUUCAAAAGCUUAUAUUGUUUCAAAAGUAAUUGUUAACUUCAAACAAAUAUAGACUUACAUAAAGUACAACAUGAGAGACAAACCCCCCUCACCCAGUUUUGCUUCCCAAGGAAGUGUGUGUUUCCUUCCAGGCCUUUUUCUGUAUCCCCACAACAUAUCUCUCUCUCUCUCUCUCUCUCUCUCUCUCUCUCUCUCACACACACACAGACUUUAUUUUAAAAUGAAAAUGGGAUCAUACUGCACAUAUUCUCUCACUGGCUUUCUGCUUACUAGUAUAUCCCGGAUAUGUAUAUGUCAGUGUAUCUAGAGCGACCUUGUUCUUUAACCAGCUCCAUGGUUGUCCGUGCCAUAAUACAGCCUGGAUGGAUAUUCAGGUUGUUUUUAGUUUUUGCUGUUACAAACGCUGCUGCAGUAAACGUCUUUGCACAAAUAUCUUUGUUUACCUGUAUUAGUAUUUUUGUAAGAGAGAUCCUGGAAGUGGGAUUAGUAGGUCAUAGGGUAUAUUUAAAAUUUUGAUACCUACCUGCAAAGUUAUCUGUCAGAAUUCUAAAUUCAAGACGUGUUUGGGAUGCAGAUUUUAUUUUCAGUUUUCCUUUGGCUAAGGGGAAGCUGAAAAGUUUUGUUUUUGAUGUCAGAAAAUUCUGGUUCUCUUUCUUCUUUUGCAAGUGUUCUUUGAGUCUUAGUAUCUGUAAAAUAGGUUUAAUUUCUGUAUCAUAGGGGGAUUGACAAAGUAAAAGAUAUGCAGGCUACACGAUGGCUUUAAGAUUUUAUUUAGACUUGAAUAUUGUUCUGCUAUGAGUAGGUAGGAAUUGUGUCGUUUAAAAUCGCAGAGUAUGUUGGGGACUGUGGGACUCUUGCUGUAAUUUCUCUGAGGGAUGCAGUAAGCAGAGUGGCUGAGAGUGCAGCUCUGUUCCUGAAGAGCUCAGUGAUCGCCAGGCCCCCGUCCCCACUUUGUGGAAUGGGGAUGAGUAGAGUGCCCACCUCCUGGGGCCGUUGUGCUGAGCGUGCACAUAAAGUUCUUAGGAUGGUGCCUGGUAAAGAUUUGAUCCAUGUAUUUACAAUCCUAGAGGAGGGCCCGUAGCCCCUUUUUCACUUGUGUUUAAUCUGGUAUAUGUAAUUGUGGAGUCUGGAGGGUAGAAAGAAGUAAUUACAUGGGUGGGGGGAUGGUGAAUAAUAGAGUCUGUGUCUAUAACAUAACAUUAAAGCUGUUUGCCUGUCUCUGA